GGCCCUGACUCCGCCCACCCACGUCCAGCUCGGCACCCGCGGCACUUCUCGCUUUGACGGUGAAUGAACGCGUAGGAGCUAGCUGGUUAGCAGGCUAGUUGUUUUGGCGAUGUGGCUACAAUCAGAAUGAUCUCACAGCGAGAAAGGGGAGAGUUUGCUCGGUUUUACACUGUCACAGACCCCACCAAGCAUCCCAAAGGUUACACUGUCUACAAAGUCACGGCGAGGAUUAUCUCCAGAAAGAGCCCGGAAGAUGUUCAGGAGAUAACAGUAUCGAAGAGGUCGCUUUGAUGAGUCUGUGAUUGAGACCAGGAGGCAGUGCUCAGAGGAUCUCCUGCAGUUCUCCGCCAACAUCCCCGCUCUGUAUAGCAGUCAGCACAUCCAGGACUUCUUCAAGGGGGGGGACGUGCACGACGGUUCCGAGCUCAUCGGACCGGCGGAACCUUUCUCUGACUUCCUGGCCGACAGCCUAUCAGACUGUAGUUCCGAAGUCAACCGGGAUCUCAGCGGAGCAGACGAUUGGACCUUCACGUCUGAGUAUGGAGGCCCCACCAGCGAGAGCGACCUGACCUCCCUGGUCGCCGACACCGACUCCCUGGGCGAGCUCGACGAUGGCAUGGCCUCGGGCCGCACCUCCCCAAACCAACCACCGAGGGGAGCCCCCAACUCUAGCGGAAGCUGCAGCCCCUUCCUCCGCCGCCUCCCGCCCCUUCACGCUCGCCACAGCCCGCCCCCCCCCCGCCCCGACGCCAGGCCCCUUAACCCCCCGAGCGGGCCAGGAGGCCAGCCGCCCCGUCGGUCGGUCGCUGCUGUUCUCCGGCGCUCUGCGGAGGGCGGCCGGCGGCAGUGCCGAGGACGCCAAGCCCGACUACCUGGACCGGGCCGGGGAGCACAUCCAGCAGGCGCUGCGGCGGGAGGCGGAGCGCGACUACCAGGCCGCCUUCUCCUACUACCGCAGUGGGGUGGACCUGCUCCUGCAAGGGGUGCAAGGCGAGCCCAGCCCAACACGGCGCGAGGCCGUGAAGAAGAGAACGGCUGAGUAUCUGAUGCGAGCGGAGCUCAUAGCCAAUCAGUAUCUGCGUGACGACAUGGGCCAGGGUUCGACCCAGACGGUGGCCAUGGUGGGGGCCCAGUGCUGCCCCCCCACCAGCAGAGGCAAACCCAGCCCUGCCGAGGAGCUGAGGGCGUACCGGGUGCUGGGAGUCAUAGAUAAGGUUCUCCUGGUCAUGGACAAGAGAACACAGGAGACCUUCAUCCUCAAAGGGCUGCAGAAGAGCAGCGACUGCGGCCGAGCCAAGGGCAGCAUCAUGCCCAGCGGAGUCCCCAACAUGGUGCGGCUCAGGAAGUUCAUCGUGGCCGAGGACACCGUCUACCUGCUGCUGCAGUACGCCGAGGGUGGGAAGCUGUGGUCCCACAUCGGGAAGUUCCUGCGCUGCUCCAGCCCCGACGACAGCUUCGACAUCCCCUUCAUCCAGAAGAGCCACACCACGGCCGUGCACUCCCCGCAGCGCGCCGCACCCGCUCCCCAGGCCUCAGCCUCGGCCUCCGGCAGCUCCGGGUCGGGGUCCGGCUCCGGGCCUGCCACCAGCUCUCCGCCCUGCCCCGGCUCCAGGCCCCAGCGGGGAGGGAAGCCCCCCCCCCCGCUCCACCUGAAGGGCGCGGGGCUCCCCCCGGGGAUGGCGGGCGGGAAGGGGGGCACGCCGGAGUCCGGGGGCACCUCGGAGGAGGAGUGCACCAACAGCUACCUGACGCUGUGCAACGAGUACGAGCAGGACAAGGUGGAGCCCGACGAGCUGGAGGAGGACGAAGAGGCCCGCAGCGGGCAUGAGGCGUCGUCCCUGUCCCUGGACGCCCCCGCCGCCGCCGACGCCACCGCGUCCGCCUCCCCGCGCACCCACUCGCUGCGGAGCAACGACAGCCUGUCCUCGCCCGUCAGCGCCCAGGAGCUCUGCUUCUUCGCCGAGAGCGCCGGCGGCGAGGGGGAGGGCCGCGGGGGGGAGGAGCCUGAGCCCGGCGAGGUGUUCAGCCCCCUGCCCUCACCGGCGGGGCCCGGGCUGUCCCUAGACCGGUCCAAGCACACCCCCAUGGAGUUCUUCCGCAUCGACAGCAAGGACAGCGCCAGCGAGGUCAUCUGCCUCGAUGUCAACGUGGGCGGCGACCUCCUGACCUCUCCCAAGCCCCUGGGUCCCGACCCGGACUCAAAGCUCAGGGAGGAGGAGCUUCCGGAGAUGGCCCGGGAGGUCACGGGCCUGGGCUUCGAGCCGUGGGGGCUGGACCCCAGCGACGACGCGGCCUCCAACGAGUCGGUGCCGGUGAUCUCCUUCAAGGAGGCGGCGGCGGCGGCGGCGGCGGACGAGGGACCGCCCCCUGACCUGCUGGUCAACCUCCCGGCCGGGGGGGGCACCGGGGGCACCGCCUCGGAGAGCGAGGCGCCGGAGGCCCCCGGGGCGUGCCGGAGGCCCGGCCCGGACGUCCUGCAGCUCCACGGGGGGCCCGAGGACGCCCCCGCCGCGGCGCCCCCCGCACCAGGACACAAAGCGUGCCAAAGCGACCCGUCGGUGCCCUAUCCCGCCCCGCUGCCGGAGCCCGACACAAACACUGAGUUCGUCAGAGUCCGGCCGGACGAAGGCCGCGUCCCGGGCGCGGGCGGGGGCGGGGGCGGGGCUGAGCCCUCGCUGUGUCCAGGCGACCCGGACGAGGGGGGCGUCGCCCGGCUGUUCGCGGCGCUGGACGAGCUGACGCUGGCGGCGGCCCACGUGCACAUCCCCGAGGAGUUUGUGCGGUGCUGGGCGGUGGAGAUGGUGACCGCCCUGGACGCCCUGCACCAGGAGGGCGUCGUCUGCCGGGACCUCAACCCCAACAACAUCCUGGUCAACCACCAAGGUCAUAUCCAGCUUACCUAUUUCUGUAGUUGGAGCGAUGUGGAGGAUUCCUACGACAAAGAGGCCAUGGCCAACAUGUACUGCGCCCCAGAGGUGGGCGGGAUCAGCGAGGAGACGGCAGCGUGCGAUUGGUGGAGCCUGGGAGCCAUCUUGUUUGAGCUGCUCACUGGCAAGUCCCUGUUGCAGUGCCAUCCCGCCGGGAUCAGCCGCCACACCGCUCUCAGCGUCCCGGACUCUCUGACGGAGGAGGCGGGGUCUCUCCUGGGCCAGCUCCUCCAGUUCAACCCGAUGGAGCGACUGGGCUCUGGGGGGGCCGGGGCAGACGACAUCAAAUCGCACCCCUUCUUCGCGGGGGUGGACUGGUCUAGCGCAAUAACUGAAUAAGCGCUGGUCCUGGUGAUGCACAUUAACCAGUACGAUGGCUCGCAGUGGCCAAACCAACUGGGAACGGACACUUCCACAACAAGCCCAGGACGUCGCCUUUCUUCCCGGACCUGUUUACCCUUCAUAAGAACGCAUCGCACCGAGCUAGGAGCCCCCAUAACCACGACAGAGCUAUCGGGCACCAAUCCGCCCUUAUCAGGAAGUGACAUCAGACCCCCCCCCCCCAUCCUGUUCUCCGUCCAUACCCGCCGUCACCACGCCACGACCCUCAGCCAACUCUGAACGGGGAGAGGGAGGCGGCGGUUGUUUACGGUUGCCGACGGCGAUGGAGAGGAGGCGUCGGGAGGCACAGCAGGAAGUGACUUUGAGUGCCACCGCCGAGCGAGCGAUGAGGACGAAGGGCUAGGCGAUGGGGUUCCAGUCGUCUCCCACUGGGCCGUACUGGCUGUUUACUGGGAGAGACCUCAGCCCCUACUGGUUUUUGUCGUUUGGUGAUCCUUUGCCAAUCCGAAAAAAGAAAAGGCGUUUUGUGUUUAAUCUCGACAUGCCUCUUUGAAAUGGUGUAGUCUUUUGUAGAAGUUGUAAUUAUUUGAAUACUAGAAGAGUUAUUUAUACGAUGUAGAGAUCCCAGCGGCUUUAAGCACAGUGUUCUCACGCUGCAUCCAAGGAAACGUGUGCGAUAUACACGAUAACGUAUGAAUAAAUGAAUAACUAACGUCUUGUAAACCCACCCUUGAUCUAUGUUGUGAUUCUUUUUUUUUUUGUGCAUGAAGCCAGGUACCUCUCCCUUCCAUCGUGUUCACCCGCUCUUUUUAUGCCUAGAUCGUCCACCACUGCCUCACAAAUCACCCCCAACCCAACCCGCCAAACGUUAAACAUGCAUAUAUUCACUUUUAUCACCGGGGGCUGCAUUCCCCAAUGCACUACUAUACGGCACAAUGUGUUUACAGAGACCUCUCAACGGGGCGAGUCCCAAUUCAACUCCAUGACAUAGAGAUGGAAGUGAUCACUCUGCUUUGCGAGGGUACGCUACCUAUUCAAUCUAUGCUGUUUGAACUGCUCUGCGGGUGAACUGAAGCCACGCCAAUAAAUAAAUAUGUGGAUGAUCAGCGAUAA